AUGGAAGCUCUAGUAGAGUAUGCUAUGCAGCAAUUUUGUGAAGAAAAUAACAUCUUGCAGGAUAUUCAACAUGGCUUCCGGAGAGGACGUUCCCGCCUCUCAAAUCUGCUAGCUUGUCUGGACAUUUGGAUCAGGGCUCUAGAAGAGGGUUUUGAGGUCGAUGUCGUAUACGUCGACUUCCGCAACGCUUUUGACACUGUCCCGCACCAACGUCUUCUUCACAAAUUGAGCGACCUCGGCAUCCGGGGAGAUCUUCUGAACUGGAUUAGGGCGUUUCUGGUUGGUCGGAAACAACGUGUCUGUAUCGGGGAUGAUAUGUCAGAAUGGGUGAACGUGACCAGUGGUGUGCCGCAAGGCUCAGUUCUGGGACCAUUGCUCUUCAUCCUAUAUGUUAACGACAGCCUUCAGGAACUCGACUGCGACAAAGUAAUGUUUGCAGACGAUAUUAAGCUCUGGCAAGUCAUUAAGGGACCGAAUGAUCAGAGAUCCCUUCAAGAUAAUUUGCACCGACUGCAAGCGUGGUCGAAGAAAUGGCUUCUAGAUUUCAAUGUGGAGAAGUGUGCCGUCCUUCAUCUGCAUCCAACCAACUCUGAUUCAAACGAGAGCCUGAGGACUUAUCACCUGAAAGAUAUAAGGCUCCCCGCAGAAUCUUCACAAAAAGAUCUCGGGGUUUGGAUACAGAACAACCUGAAACCAACAGUGCAAUGCCACAAAGCUGCAAAAAACGCCAUGGGAGUGCUGUAUGCAAUCAAAUGGGCUGUCAUAAACUUUGACCAAGACCAUUUUGGGAGAGUUUACGGCACUUUUGUUCGGCCCCACCUAGAAUAUGGCAUACAAGCAUGGCGGCCAUGGCUAGUAAAGGAUCAAGCACGCUUCGAAUGGGUACAACGGCGUGCAACGAAGCCGGUAAACGGUCUAAAAAGCCAAUCCUACACAGACAGACUGAAUUGCCUUAAUUUAUUCACUCUGUGUUACAGGCAGCAAAGAGGUGAUCUUAUCCUCGUCUACGAGAUAAUACAUGGCCUUGAGUAUGGACUUAAAUUUGAGGACAUGUUUCAGUGGCACCUUUCACCCAAUCUUCGUGGUCACUCGAUGAAGUUACGGACAACAAUGUCCAGGCUGAAUCUUCGUUCUGAAAUUUUCAGGCAGGGGGUAGUGGAGAAAGGGAACGAUCUCCCUCAGUCAGUCGUGGAGGCUACGUCCCUGCAACUCUUGAAGAAACGCUUGAAUGAUUAUUUGUGUCCCCUGUUUUCCCUCGACAGUCUGAAUCUGAACUAAUACCCCACAACCCCGCAAAUAUUUUAUCUGAUACAAUGCUACUCAAAUGAAUCAAGUGCUGUUUUAAUAGCGAAUAUGUUUAUUGUUCGUGUACAGUUAUUUCUAACGAGCUGACAUGUAAUCAAUAGGGUUUUCAAGGGCAUUGCCUAUUAUCCUUACCAAAUAAACUGAAAUAAACUGAAAGAUCGGCUUCGGACUGGGAGUAUAAGGUUACAUAUACGGGUUUGUAUUUGUUUCUUGAGUGAAGUCUUUUGGUGGUGGAUAUGCGGAUAUUUAGACCACACGAUUGCAUAAGUUGCUGAAUUUUUGGUACUGGAUUAACCGUGUGGGGUAUGUUGCGGAUAAUUAAGUUAAGUCUGCGUUUCGAUUUGUCUGCGACUGCUGAUGAAAACAAGUGCAAGGUCGAUGCUAUUUGUAAUACGUUUGUUAGGCUGCUUGUUAAUGUAUUUGAGUCUGACAGCGAGUCCAACAUUGUAAAGAAGCGUCCAUGUUUCUCGAUAAAGUUCUGCAAACGCAUGAUGCCGGAGAGACCUAGUUCAUCAAAAAUAAAUUUAACAUAAGUCAUUUUUUAUAGGAGGGAGUUUAUAGGGAUUUACGUGUUAUUUCCAUAAAGUUGAUAAACUUUGUGGACAAUUGUCGUAGAAACUUAUCAAAGUGUUUGAAUAAUGACGAAUUUUAACUUAUCUUGGGUCAGUGGAUUUCGAACGUUUGUGCGAAUUCGUGCUCCGCCGAUGUCACCAUAGAUACAACGUUUUAAAAAGAACCUUGACAUACUUGUGUACCUAAAUGACCGACAGCGUGAGAGAUCAAGCUAAUCCCCUGAGACUCACUCCCAUAUCAUUGUAGGCUUGUUUGGAAUAUUUCAGCCCAGGUAAUUUCUCUGUACAUCGCACCCAGGUUUACGUUGCGAAUAGGGUACUCAAUGUCUCAUACCCGUUCCUCUUAAUAAAUUGAACUGAACUAGACACCUGCUCCCCUCUUCUGUCCUCCUUUUCAGUACCCUCCAGAACUCCAUCAUUUUGUGUUUUUCUGUUGGCUUACAAUUCAUAUGAAAGAACACCUUCAGAUCCAAAUUGCGAAGAGUCGCUCUUCCAUCUAGGCGUUUACUUAAUGUUUGAAAAUGAUUUUAGGAGAGCUUGUUUGUGACAGUCCAAGCGAUGAAUCUGUAUUUCAUAGACGGAGAGCUUUGUGCGAGGUAACAUAUGCUCCAUCCUUGAGGAUGGCAUAUGUAUGUGCUCGAAAAAGGUCGAGAUCGUGUUCGAUCUUCUAUUCUGUAAAAGAAGAAAUGACUCAGGAGCUUCCUUUAUGAUGUUUCGUUUUGCUACAUUAUUUGAUGCUCUGACUUUUUGAUGGAACUUCGACUGAUCAGUUCGCUCAUUUAUAAAACUUAUUUGCUGCCACCAACUCUUCAUAAAAUGGGCAAAUUUACCUCGGUGCUUGUCGGUAACUGAUAUCGCUCUAAUUUCUCAGUCGCAUGCUUUUGCUUAAACUGACUACUAUUCCACACAUUUUCUAACUGACAUACCUUGGAGAACACUACUAACUCUUGGAAAAGGUGUUUGAUUUUUUAUUGCUCGUUCUUUUGAAGUUCUGUUUCCUUAACAAUUUGACAUACCUCUUUUACUUGUGAAUGACAGAGAGUUCAAAUUUUCAAGCCUAAAGUUCGCUCAAAUAAACUGUUUUGUAACGUACUGCUGUCUUAGCGGUAACUACGAUUUGGUCUGUCUCUUGAGCCUUUCCAUAACGUCCCUCGUUAGUCAUUUCUUAUUUUAAACAUUUGUUCUUCUGGUUCUAAGGUAGGUGAUCGUGAUCAUAUUUUUUGGAAGCUCCGGUUGUAUCAUUAGCACGUUUUCUUUGAAUUUUCUCAAUUCCAAAAAGGCGUUACCGAUUAUUUGCAGCGUCGGCGAUACGAAUAAUCGGGCCACCUGAUAGCAUUAAGGCUCUCAGGACUAAGCAUUCGCUAGCCCGUAUGAUUUGCGAGCCAGUAAUCUAAUUGAUUGACGGUACUCGGCCUGUGCGAGAAGAGGAGCCUUUUUUCUACACCCCGUCGUCGAUGCCCACCCGAGUGCACUUUACCGUCCUAUUAAUUCAAUUUGAAAGGGACACUUGGCGUUCCAAACAAAACACGAUGAAGCCAAGUCGCGUGGCGGAACUUAAUAAAAGUAGAAGUGAAAUCGAGAAAUGCACAUCCGUGCCCACAGCGACCUUUAUCUUAAAUAGCGUUUCGCUGACAACGCUGAGCGUUUGCGGCAUUCCUAUCUUCGGCGUUGUCAGUGCUACACGGGUCUCCCAUAUUUUAACGAGAAUUAUGCGCAAUUCAUUGGGCCUCUACGACAGUGAUUGUCUACACCCCCUCUGCCCGAUGCACUCGGAUAAGUUGGAUUGAAACUAAGGGCAUUUUUCGCUAGUCAUUCUUCUUCUUGCCCUCUCAAAAUUCUGGCUUAUUACUGUAGAACGAUAUACAGCAUAGUGUUAUUACAUAAGUGUCAUUCUGACGGGCGAUCGUUGCUGCCUACCAUCUGACGACCGGUCAAUUCACCAUCAAAACGUGUGCAUGAAAUGAGUCAUUCUUCUCGUCACUCACACGGAUCUUGAUCCUUGUUUUACUGUGGGAGUUUCGCCGCAAUCGAAAUAAUCUUAUUAGCACGUCAUACCGGGCCACACGCGGUGUCGAUGAACGGAAGGGCAAACCAAAGUAACAUGUGGAUGGGCUGUUCAUGAGUAUCAGUAACGGCCUUCGAUGGUUCGGCGAAGCGAGAAGUGUGGAUCAACACAUCCUCGCCCCGAACAAAAACCGCACUUACUAUUCCUCCUAGGCUCCUUGUAAUGCACACGAAGUGAUUGGGAAGGACGACUGCAAAAACUUAGGCGGCACCGUUUUUUGGACGACGAUUUGUCUCCCUUCUUGAAGGUCGUUACAGCCACGGCGUCAUCCCAGCGUAUGUGUACCGUCUCUGUAUCGCAACUUUGGCUCGAAAGACUUUGUGGCCGGCUGGUAAUCACUUCUGAACCAGACGUAGUUUUCCUCCGGAAGACAGUCCUAUCCAGGUGCUUUGCUGUUAUUCACCAUUGAUGUCGUCUCAGGGAUGUAGGUAGAUGCUGGGCAUCGGGCACGGAGUUAGACUCAGAUACCGGGAUGGCAGCUGAUGAGGUCAUGACAACGCGUUCAGUAGUUUGGUAACGUGCCCCUCCCUUCUGGCUGGUAUGUUCGACAUGCAUGCCGUCACCGAAUCUUGCUUCUCCCUGUUUAUUUGACCAGCAAACCUAUUGAGUCGGCUCACAUUCAAGAUUUCGAUGUCUCCUGGCCUCAUUUUUGGCCAAAAGGCGUUGACCUUUUCAGAUUUCACUGCAGUCGUGUCAUCCAGGGCACAUAGUGUUACGGCGCAGGCCUCUAAAUUUCGAACCGGCCUGGAAGUGAACAGCCAUUGUACCACCUACCAACCGGUUUUUUUUCCAGCUCUCCAAUUAUUACGCCUAGGUCUGCGGUGACCCAGGGCCUCCUAAUAAGUAUUUUGGACAGUUUCCUUCAGUUCGAGCUAGUUUUUUUUCCAACGGAAAGCGCUUCAGAGGCAGCAGCUGUCCAUUUUUGCUCUGCAGAGUGACUGGAAACAGUCAGAAAAAACUCAUUGCAGUCGCAGGAGCCUCCAGACUUCAAAGAUUUUAGUUUUUCGCGGACUCUAUAGAAGAGAUUUGGAUUUGUCCUUUUCUGUGGACGUUGUGGCACCAGUUAAGAAACAUGCCUACUUAUUUAUCAUUCAGCUAGUACUACAGUAUUGAUUUGCAACUGACUGAUUUGCAACACUGGCUGGCAGGCUAGGCCACACUUCGUUUCUUGGAUCACUAGUGCCCGGGGAAGAUCCCACACAUGAACUGGCGUGAUUCAUAAGCAAUUUGUAGCUGCAUCCUCCUAGUUUGUAUAAAAUAAUGCCCUCUGAUUCAUCCUGGUGCCAAGCUUUCCUCUGUCACUCGACGUAGCUGUGCUGAGCGUUGCAACCACUCUUCGGUACCCGUCCCGACUGUCAGGCAAAAUCCAGUGAUGCUAGCUGGCUUAUCCUUCCAACGUUGCUGGUUUACAUUGCAAAGCCUUGUUCAGUUUUGUUGCGUAGCUAGACGUAGGCAUAAUGCUGUAUCAGUCACGACGCCAUAUUGCAUUCAUUUAUGACUUAGUCUUACAAUCGAUGCGUGGUAGGUGUAGAAAGAGUCAGGUCGACACUGCACAAGUUCUUCCCACAAUCUGGUUUACGAACAGUCAUCGCUGUUUUACGAGACAUUUGUCGCGUUCAACAAACUAUCGUUUGGAAUGUUAGGGACAAAAUUCCUCGCGUGAAGAUACAUGCUACUCUGCGUUUGACAUCCAUGCCGGAAAAUGCACAGGACCAGAAGUCGUUACGAAGCUCUGAUCUGCCUGGUUCUCCUCGUUCGAGUGUAUUUCAUUGGUGUAAAGGCCAAAAUUUGCGCACAAAUUCAAGCAAAUCUGCUCAAUUUACGGGUCUGGAACUGAAGAAGGGUGCGUUUUAGGGUUAAGAACUUUCCAGAAAUCCUGUACUCUACUCAGGUUGCCUUACUAAAGUUGUCAGAACUAUUUAUACCAGGGGCCAGUUAGCCCCGAGCCAGGCUUCCUUAGUGUUUGGUAAAACAUAGUGUGGGAUGUUGGUGUUUCCACGCUUUUCUGACAAGCAUCCAACUGGAUUUCAAUACAAUAUUGCUCUCAGAACCAUUUAUAAAACGCAAGCCGCCGUUUUUUGGAGGUCAGGGAAUGAACAUCACUCCUUAAGUGCCAGGAGGUGCAUCUAAACAUAGACUCACAGUGGUAUGCCUAGGUUUCGCAAAAUCGACUUACCUUGUGGCGCCGUACCUAUGGUUACUUUUUUCCUGUGUUUUCUCUGUCCCACGUUUAAUCAGCUUAGUUGACCGAUUCCAGUCUUUCGGUUAACUACCACGCGUAUCUGUUGUACUGAUCCUGUGCCGUUCUUCCAAGCGCUUCAGACAACGAAAUAGAUCUUAAAAUGUUCCGUAUGCAACACCGAAAUAAUAACUGAAUAAACUGUUUCUCAACUAUGUCAGUGAACAUUUGUUUUUGUAUCUCUGUCUGAUGAUUUGCACUUAUUUCUUUUUCCAGACCACGCCAUGGUUGGCGUUUUCCCAGUCUUUAAGCUGGGUAUCCUUGCCGCCAAACAAAUCAGCCGCCCCAUCGUAAACAACCUAAAACGCCGAGCGAAGGACAACGCCUUCUUCCACCGUUAUAUUUGCACUCCCCCGGGGCAUCGUAAGCCAGUCGCUCCAUCUCACCCUUCAUCAUUGCCUAUUUUCAGUUUACCAUCUUUGGGAUACUCGACUAAGACUGAGGUUACUCGGACUGGAAAAGCCCAAAACGGUACAAAAACUGUCCGAUGAUGCGGCGGCUGAAAUUGGCGCUGAAAUCCUUGGGGAGUUUAUAAUGUUUACUAUCGGGACUGUUCUGCUUGCUCUGGAAUAUCGUCGACAGUCAAAGAAUGAAGCCGAAAAGGAAAAACGACUGCAAAAUCGAUUAUCCGACCUCCGCUCCUCCAUUGAUGAGCUAGAGAGACAGUUACAGUUUCAUGAAGGGAAACUAGUCGAGAUAAAUAGACACCUAACACACCGAUGA